GAUUAAUUCUGUGUACCUUUAGAGUAAUAUGGGUUUAAUUGAAGAUUGUGAAAAGUGCUUCCAAGUAUCUUCGUUGUACGAAAUUCUUGGAGUUGAGAAAACUGCAGAACAGCCUGUUAUUAAGAAAGCUUUUUACAACAAGUCUCUGCAAUAUCACCCUGACAGAAAUGUAGCGGCAAAUGAUCAAGAGUUGCUUACAUUGAAGUUCCAAACAGUGAACAAGGUCUUUAAAAUACUGUCCGACAACGAGAAACGAAAAGUUUAUGAUGAAACCGGCGAAGUUGACGACAGUGAUGCAACUCAGUUGAGAAAUUUCAUGGCUUUCUGGCGGAGCGUUUUCCCGAAGUUUACCAAAAAGGAUAUCGACAACUUCGAAAAUAAGUACAAGAAUUCAAGCGAGGAGAAAGAAGACAUUAAGAAGUACUACCUAGAGUUUGAAGGUAACAUGGACAAAAUUUUUGAGUGGUUAAUGUUUGCGCAAAUUUCCGAGGAAAACCGAUAUCGCGAAGUUAUCCAGCAAAUGAUUGACAGCGAAGAAGUUCCGCCGUUCAAAGCAUUCACUCACGAACCGAAGAAAAAGCGAGACGCGAGGAAGCGAAAAUAUGAAAGAGAAGCAAAGGAAGCAGAGGAAAUCGAGAAUCAGGGUGGACUUGAAGAUCUGACUGCCGCAAUUUUAAUGGGCAAGGAAAAACGUUAUAGAGAUCAAAAUAACUUUUUGGCUAGUUUGGAAGCCAAGUAUGCCAAGAAACCAACGAAGAAGGUUGCGAAGAAGUAACUGGCUGGAAUUGGAGUAGUUCACCUUGUUUGCUGUAACUUGAAGAAAAAAAGUUUGAUGUUCUAGUUAUAAAAUUCAAAUACUCUUGUUCUAACCAUUUUUUUAUACAAAAAAAAGAUUGUAUUUUGACAUGUGUGAACAUGUAUUGUGACCCCAUUGAUCUGAUGUUCAUUUUGAAUCUUUUAAUUUAAGAAAUAAAAUUGAGUUUUCAUUAAAUUUGCUUAAUGGUAUUAUAGGCUGAAAUUGUUUUUAAACAUUACAUCUAGGUAUUUCGUUGUUAUUUUAAAAUAGCAGUUGAUUGUGUUUUAAUCA